CCAGAAGUGAGGUUAGAUUUUUUAACAGGUUUUAACAACAUGGAUGUUGUUAAAAGUGUUUUAGAAAAAUCGGCCAAAGAGGCCGAAAAAUACAAAUCAGUGGAAGUUAAUAAGUUGGUUAGUAUCGAUUUAGGUGCCCUUCUCGUCGAAGAUUUGAAUCCGCUUGAUUCUAGGGCUUUGAGAAGCUCCACCAACGAUUUUUUGUUAAAUUUAACCCGUGAUAACACUCAAUUACUCUUUAAUCAAAUUUGGGAGUUGCCCACGGAGCGAAUAGACGAAGCCAUUGUUGCGAAAUUCCCCAAACAAAAGUUUAGUUUACCACGUUCCAAGCCGGUUCCGAAGCCCCGAUCCCUGACAAAAUGGGAGCAGUUUGCGAAAGCCAAGGGCAUAGUCAAGAAGAAGAAGAGUAAGUUYUCCUGGGACGAGCAAUUGCAAAAAUGGAUCCCCCUUUACGGCUUCAAACGGAGCGCCGCCCUCAGGGAGAAAAACUGGCUCAUCGAAGUGCCCCAAAACGCCAACCCUAUGGAAGACCAAUUCGCCAAGAAAACCGAAGCCAAGAGCGAAAAAGUGGCCAAAAACGAGCUGCAGAGACUGCGCAAUAUUGCUAAAGCGAAAAAUGUUAAAAUACCCAGAUUUGGGCUAACAAACCCUGACGUAUCAUCAUCAAAAGACUUGCAAGCGGCGGUAACUGUUGCUAAAUCAUCGACCGCAAGUCUGGGGAAAUUCCAAGAGAAACUUCCGAAGGAGAAGGAGGCACGAGGCGUCGCUGCGAUCACUCCUGGAGCAACAAGGAAACGGAAAUUACCCCCCAUUUCCGGCCCCAGUGAAAAAACCCAAAAUUUGAACAUUGUCGACGAGGUUUUGAACAAAAGGCCUAAAAUUAACAUCGAGAAGGCCGUAGCAAGGCAAAUAAACGAGGAACAAGCACAGAGAUCUGAGGAGAAAAAACGAAACGUGGGCAGAAAAAGCCUGAGGAAGGCAGGAGGCGGCAAAAAACCUAAAAACACAAAUCGGCCCCGAAAGGGCAAAGGCACGGGYAGGAAGCGACGUUAGACAGUUUUUUCAAUUCAUGUAUAUUUUAGUUAGAGUUAAGACUUACUUUAGUGUCAAGUGGAGAAGGGCCGAGGUAGUCUUCCCCUUGGACUGCUUUAUGGAGCAUCUGCAGGAAAUACUUGAAGAAGCUGUUUCGGUUUUUCUUCACCGUUGCGUCAGUUGCUUUCAGUUGACGCAACUUCAAAAUCCACUUUUUGCAAAUUUCUUUGUCUGUGUGUGAUAAAUGUAUAGGGCGAUUUUUGUAUAUGAUAGAGUGAUUUUUGUAUAUAACCAAACACGUUUUUGCCCAUUAAGUGGGCAAAAAUUGUGGCUUUGUAUGUUGAGCAAGAUUCGUAACAGUAGAAACUUUUACUGUUAUUGAAUCGGAAUGUAUUUUGCGUUCGCAAUAAACUUUUCGGAAAA